AAAAACUGCCAUCCUCCUUGAAAAGCCUCCGACUAAAAUGACAUUGGUACAAAUAUAUUCAUAAUGAGCCUAAGAAUAAUUCUGAUCUAGAAUAAUCUAAAGUCACAAUGGCUAUACCGCUUCGCCGGCAUCGUUCAUCUCUGGAAGGGGUCAUCUAUCCUGCACCGCAAUCCUUAGCGCCAGAAAAGCAUGAUGAAGCUAUUGAGGUUUUUGACACGCUCAUUCACCAUUUCGAGCCUUUGCAGGCAUCUGAUAAGGAUUACAAACCGAUGACAUUACUACGUCUUAUGAAGGAAGAGGUCUCUUCUGAAGACGAGUUUCUGGUCCUUUUUUUCAAUUACAUUGAACAUGGUCGACUUGAAGUCACGGAAGCCAAUCUACCUAAGACCCUAGCAAGAUUACACAGCGUUCAGGAAUGGACUUCCGAAGAACGAGAUGCUCUUAAUCAGAGUUUGGCCAACUUCGCUAGUUUUCUGGUGGAUAAUUUUUUCCUACCACUUAAAUCGUUGGCCGCAAAGACUCCUCAGCCUACGCCGGCAUCCCUUUCCCGUCUCGAUUUGUCAGGAUCCGCUAUUGGUACCCCACAACGUGUCUCUAAUUUGAGAAAAAGCUGCCUUACGCGUGACCGGCAUCGAUGUGUCGUGACCCGAAAGUUCGACGUUAAGGAGGCUGAAAUGCGAUACAAGAUUGUCGGAGAAGACGUGGAGGAUGAUGACGGAAAGCGUUUGGUGGAGGAAGCUGAUAACACUGCAUAUCUAGAAGUGGCGCAUAUAAUUCCUCAUUCUCUGAUGUCUCAUGGUGACAUUGCAGGAGAGUCAAAACUGGUACGUCAUUAAUCUAUACCUGUGAAUCUUUGCUGACAGGACUUGUAGACUGAGCGAAAGC